GUGUGUGUAUGCGUGUGUGCUAUGUCUUCUGUUGACAUGUUUGAUGAAGAUUGCUUUUUGUGUUUCAUUUUCUAGUUACGAGAAGCCUCCUCCUGGGUUUAUAAAGGAGGAUGAGACAAAGCCAGAAGACUGUAUACCGGAUGUGCCAGGCAAUGAACAUGCCAGGGAGUUUCUGGCUCAUGCACCAACUAAAGGACUUUGGAUGCCUCUUGGGAGAGAGGUCAAAGUUAUGCAAUGUUGGCGUUGCAAACGGUAUGGCCAUCGAACAGGCGACAAAGAAUGCCCUUUCUUUAUCAAAGGCAACCAGAAGUUAGAACAGUUCCGAGUUGCACAUGAAGAUCCCAUGUAUGAUAUCAUUCGCGAAAAUAAAAGACACGAAAAGGAUGUAAGGAUCCAGCAGUUAAAAAAGUUACUGGAGGACUCCACCUCAGAUGAGAGCAGCUCCAGUUCGUCAGGCAAAGAGAAACGCAAGAAAAAGAAGAAGAAAGAAAAACAUAAGAAAAGGAAGAAGGAGAAGAAAAAGAAGAAGAAACGAAAGCACAAGGCUUCAAAGUCAAGUGAGAGUUCAGACUCAGAGUGACAGCUGAUGCAGAUUCUCAAGUUCACCCGCAGGCCGAAGAACAGAGCUGCCCUGAGAGCGACAGACAGGACUAGGAGGGACACCUGGCACAGCUGCAGAUUCCCACCCUCUGGUACCACGUGACCACCGCAGGGCAGGCGGGCUUCCUGGUGUGGCUGCCAACAGCAACUGUGUUCUCUCCCUGGUGGUCACUGUGUCUGUGAUUGCUUUAAUAGGCCACCCGCAGGGGAGGUGAUGGAGACUCAGGAAACACCCUAGGGUGUUGCCAGCUUUUGCCCUCCAUGGUGUGGCAGCUCAGUUCCCAUGAACUCAGGCUUGCCCUUGUCUGUGGUUCGGGAUAAUAAAAGUUCAUGAUUUAUUUUUUAAA